GGGCGGCCGGUGCCAAUCCCCCUGCCCCCUCUCUCCCAGUUCUCGUUCCUGAUGACGGAAGCCCUGCUGAUAUUCUCCCCGGAGACCUCGUUGCUCCGCUCCUUCUCUCGCAAAGUCAAAGUGCGGGUGCACUGGGCCCUCCAGCUGCUCGCCCUCCUCUGCGCCCUCCUGGGGCUGGGCAUCAUCACCUACAACAAGCACCUGAACGGCAAGGCCCACUUCGUGACCUGGCAUGGCCUGACGGGGCUGCUGACCGUGCUGUACGCCAGCGGGCAGUGCGCAGGGGGGGUGCUCCUGCUCUACCCCAAGCUGAUGAAGAACUGGACGCUGGCCAAGCUCAAGCUGUACCACGCGACCUCGGGGCUGGUGGGCUACCUGCUGGGCUGUGCCAGCCUGAUGCUGGGCAUGUGCUCCCUGUGGUUCACCGCAUCGGUGACCAGCGUCUCCUGGUACCUCACCAUGCUGUGUCCCCUUCUCACCAGCCUGGUUAUCAUGAACCAGGUGAGCAACGCCUACCUGUACCGCAAGCGGAGCCAGCACUGAGGGCUCGGUGUGGAUCUGAACUUCCCCUGUGUGAGCCAGCGAGGCCGGGGCUCCCCCCCGCAGCCCCCCAUGGGGGUCCCCUGCUUGCGCAGGCUCUCCUCAGUACUAGAUUUCUGCCUGCUCGUCUCUCGUUAGUCCUGGGUUGUCCAUAGCGUCUCAUCCCUGGGGAGCGGCCAUGAUGUGCGUGACACCAAGCGGGCAGGAGUUGCCUAUCUCACGCCUGCCUCGGUGGGGACGUUUCCCAGCACAGGUAACGCUGCUGCUCCCCGCGGCAGCUUGGUGCUCAGUGCUGGGAACCGGAGGAUUCACUCAGGAUUCCUGGUCCUUAUCCCCUUCCCUUGCCACCCAGGCUGCUUUGGAGCAGGCAGGACAGGAGCUGUCUUAUUCCUGGUGAGGAGGGCAGGGAGUCCCCACUCGCCUGGGAGGCUGCAGCGGGCACCACGCUGCCUCUCCUGCCACGAAGGCAGCUUGGCCAGUGAAAGCGCAAGGCACGGUUGUGGCUUCAGCCCAGCUGAAGCAGGGUGGCAGCGCCCAAGGCAUCUGUCCCCAUGGUGCGGCCCCACGCAGGGACC